AUGGCUCCUCGACGACGCUGCCCCGUGUGUGGUUCAAAACAGUGGCAUAAAGAGCCUGCCAGCGGGCUCAUCACCUGCAGUGAGGGACAUGUACUUCAAAAUUACCGCAACGAAACGAGAGAGGUCACUGACCUUGGCCCACAUGCACUUCGAAAGCGAACACUAAAGUCGGGGCGGAAGAGAAAAGAGAGGCAGAGCAAAGCAGAUCCAAAGUUGUAUCAUGGCGACAGAGCACGCUACCACUACUUUCAGUGCUUGCAGCUUAUCCUCCGUAUACAAGUCGCGUCUCUCACCGAGCUAUGGGGACUUCCCAAAGAGUUUGAGAUCAUUUGUAGGGACAUCUGGGCACUCCAUCUCAGCCUUCUCCCGAACCCGCCACCCCCGGAACCUCUUCUCUUUUCUCGGGAUGUCCACGGCACUGAACCUUCGAAUGUCCGACGAACACCCCCGCCCGAGGAGGGCAGUGACGAUGAGCGGGCGCGUGAGACAGACGGCGAACAGGAUGCAGCACAAGAUCACGCCUCUCGUCCCUCGUCCCCGUCUAGCUCUAGUUCUGAGAAUGACGAUGGAGAUGAUGACGAUCUGGAGAUGGAAGUCCUCAUGCAGGAGAACUCGGACACAUCGUCAUCCGAUGAGGACGACGCUCCGCGGCCUCCACGUGCAGAUGCCUACGCGGUCGCAAAGCGCAAGCAUCCUUCGCGGGUGUAUGAUGCACCCGCGAGUAACGUCGCUGUGCUCAUGGUAGCAUGCUGGACCUUGAGACUACCUGUGACAUACAUGGAUUUUAUUAGGCUUAUCGAGGAAUACAAGCUCCAAUACCUCGAUCCUGUCCGUUUCCUGCCAUGGAGCCUUGCAUCUCAUCUCACGAAACAUACCGUACAUGCGCUUUCUCCGCACCAUGCCCCUACUGUGCUACAUCUACACGGGCUUACGUCGAGAUUAGCGAAGUUGAUGUACCUGACUUACGACGUGCACACUCCGGAGAUGAACUCACCUCCGACACUUUGGCGUGCGGUUCGUAGUUUAUGCGGAACACCGACGCUCUAUGCUCUUACGAAGAAGGUGGCCCGGAUCGCAUCGAUACCUUUCACUCUUCAUCGUGCCCUCACAUCGCCACUCAAACACGAGAAAAAACGAGACCCGACGUGGCACAAAUUUGAUAGUAUUGUGCCAGAAGUUUCCCUUAUCGCGAGCGUGAUUGUGGUCAUGAAGUUGGUGUACGGUCUCGAUGACAACGGGGAAAGGCUACCCAGGGAGAAAGACGACCCCGCAUGUGCAUUGCCCCGGCUGUCGGAUUUAUUGAAAUGCAUCGAGGAAGUAGACACCAAAUCGGCUGACCACUUCCCGUUCUCGGCAAGCUCACCGCUGUCAGUCAUCGACAUGGACGAGCGGUCGCUCGACCAGUAUAUCGACUUUUGUGAAACUGCUCUUUUGCCUCACGAGGAUCGACAGAGCGAACAAAAUGCCGGCACAGACUUUUUCCCCCUCGAGCGACACAGCUCGCAGAUGUCAUCACCGCCCCAGGAUGAAAAUCUAGACGCGCCUGCAGCGCUGAAGGCAACUCCGCUGGACGCUGAGGAUGAUCAUCUGCGCCCAGGCGAAAUAUAUGCAAUCUACAACACGCUCGAUGUGCUCGGAUCGAUCCCGGUGCAGUACGAAGUGGUGGUGCGGCGAGCGGCUCAUUGGGCAGGGGUGCCUGAAGACUACGUCGCAGGGGUGGUAGAGCGAUUCGAAAGGAGACUCGUGAGAUGGUGGAGACGGGAAGGCAAGCAGCAGAGGGAUGAUGAAAGUGAGGAGUGA